AUGAGAGCUCGAACAAUCAUACCCAAGAAGUCUUCAAUAGAAAUUGCAUUCAGACCUUUCCGGGAGUCUAACAUCCGUGCUUUUGGUGAGGAGAUCACGUCUACUAGCUGGAGUUACCUUCUUGAGCACCCGACCGUCGAAGAUAUGGCUUCUGAUUUCCAGGAUUCUCUUUCUCGGAUGUUCCAUCUACACUUCCCUUUAGUUAAUGUCAAACGUAGAUCUCGGGAUAAGCCUUGGAUCACUAAACGCAUCUUAUCGCUAAUUAAGGAAAGGCAGUGUGCUUUCAAAUCUAAUAGGAUGGCACAUUAUAGGAAUCUUCGCAAUCGAGUCAAACGUGAGGUACAAGUACAAAAGGAUCACUUCUAUUCUCAGAAAGUUAUGAUUUUGCGGAAAUCCAACCCGAAAAGUUGGCAUCAGCAAAUUCGUAGCAUCACUGGAAUGAAUAAAAGAGCUACAUCCCUUCCUGGUUGUGAAAUGCGCCCUAUCGAUCAAGCUAAUCUUAUUAAUGGCCAUUUCGCUCGUAUUUGUAGUCAACUACCUCCGCUUGACAUCUCUACUCUACAGUAUUUCUUACCUGCAUCACAACCACCCCCUAGAGUGGAAGCAUAUCAGGUUCAUCAAGAAUUGCGCAAGCUCAAUGCUUCUAAAUCCUGUCAUCAUGAUGAUGUACCUGUCAGACUCAUUACUGAAUUUGCCCCGGAAUUAGCUGAACCAUUGGCUAUGAUCUUCAAUAGUAGUCUGGAGUCUGGCAUCUUCCCUGAUUGUUGGAAGAACUCUGACAUUGUCCCUAUUCCCAAGACGUUCCCCUGUAACUCUGUUGAUCUGUUAAGACUAAUAUCUCUUACCCCCACCUUUGCUAAGGUUUUUGAGUCAUUCUUAACCAAGUGGUUGUAUCAGGAUAUCAGAAAUAAGAUAGAUAAGCAACAGUUUGGUAACAUUAAAGGAUCAUCAACCUCCCACUAUAUGAUAAGCUUGAUUGAUUCAAUCCUCAAAGGAUUUUCUGCUCUCCAACACGAUGAGUCUUUGCGCAGUCAGGGCAUCACUUUGGAGAUUGGCCGUGCCAAGAACAUCAACAAGAAUCCUGUCGCUGAGAAGGCUGUCCGUGAGCUGGAAGAUGAGCUGCUUCGUGAUGAUCCCCGUGGUGGUCCUGUUACUCCACUUGCGCUUGCUCUGGCUACCGCACGUCUUAACAGCCGUAUCCGUGGCGUUGGUCUUUCUGCUCGUGAGCUUUGGACCCAGCGUGACCAAUUCACAAGUGAACAGAUUCCGUUGCGUGACAUGGACGUUAUUACCAAUCAACAUGAGAAACGGCUCUCCAACCAUGGCCCCAGUAUGGAAUCGAAGGCACCCAAACGCCUAUCUUCGAUGGGAGAGUCUCUUGUUCACGUUGGUGACCUUGUCUACCUGCGCUCGGACCGGACUAAGACCCAGGCCAGACCUCGCUACCUUGUCUGCAGUGUCGACAACGAUUGGUGCAACAUUCGCAAGUUUGUUGGGAGCCAACUACGUUCUACGUCAUACCGUGUCCGGCGCUCGGAUUGCUUGAAGGUCCCCCCAGGGAUUCCUACCUCUCAUCCUUCUCGACCGAGGGUUUCUGAUGGGUGA